AUGAUUAAAUUUUUAGAUGAGCUCAAGCCACGCCCCGCUCCACGCCCUGUUUCUCAAUUAGAUGUCCAGAAAAUUAACAAGAAUAUUGCUGAGACUAAAAAAGAAGUCGAAUCUAUUAAAGUUCGUUGUGGGGCUCUUGCAAAUGACAUCAGUGUUAUUACUGCACGCAUUUUAAAGAUGAAAAGAGCUUCAUCAACAUUAUGUACGGUUAGAAAUCGUAUGACACCAGGACACAAUGAAGAUUCGGCCAUAAAUGGUCUUCCAAUACUUAACGUCAACUUAGAUGCAGAACCAAGACCAAAAUCUGCAUUAAGAGUCAAAUGGGACAUUCCUGAUGAAAUAAUGUCCAGUCAUAGAUCUUCUGUGGAAAGUGGACAACCACAAAAAAGUCCUCAAUCCGCAGAUUAA